UGCCUUUCCCGCCCCUUCCUCCUCACCGGCCCAAUCCUCCUCCCGGCUUCGCAAACGAAAAACGAAAUGAACUUCCUCCGUAGGUCACUCCCCCUUCUCCGCCGCUCCAUCCCCUCCAAGAUCUUUUCUUCUCCCAGACCCCAUCUUCCUCUUCCUCCUCCUCUCUUCUCGAGAUCCAUCUCCAACCCUAACCCCACCGCUGGACCUAUCCCCAAUCCAUCCUUGUCAUGGCGCACCAUCCUCCAACCCCUCGCCCUUCUUAUUGGUGUCAUCGUUGGCGGCGGAGGCAUCAUCUAUUACCUCUAUUUUGAGACCGUCCCUUUCAGUAAUAACUCCCGCUUGGUCAUCGUCUCUCCUUUGGCUGAGCGAAAGAUCAGCGAGAUCGAGUUUCAGAAGCUGAAGAACGGCCUCGAGGGCAGGAUCCUCCCCGCCAACCAUCCCGACACCAUCCGCGUCCGCCGCAUCUCCGAGAACAUCAUCGAAGCCAUUCAACCAUGUCUCCACCAUGACAAGCGGCAGCGGGGCGAUCUCAGGUACGCUUGUGAGAUCCAAGCUCUUGAGCGGUCCCCGGAGACUAGGAAGAAGUCGGCGGAGGCUGAGAGAUGGGAAGUGCUUGUGGUGAGCGAUAAGACUUUCUAUGCCUUUUGCCUUCCGUGUCGCAAGAUUGUGGUUUCCACCAGAGUUCUUGAUCAUCUCAGGACGGAUGCCGAGAUCGCCACUUUGCUUGGGCAUGAGGUUGCCCAUGUUGUUGCUCGCCAUGGUGCGGAGAUUGCUACAAAAGACUUGUGGAUGGAUAUUUAUUUCAGGCCUUCACAUUUCUGUCGGGAUCCUGGAGAAUUAGCGUAUCUUCAUCGGAAAGAGGACCUCUGCAAAAGAAUGGAAAUGGAGGCAGAUCAUAUUGGCCUCUUGUUGAUGGCUUAUGCGGGAUAUGACCUAAGUGUCGCACCAAGAGUUUAUGAAAAACUUAAAGGGAUCAAUCGGAAGACUUUAUGGCACUAUUCCUCAAGAGAACAGAUUGAAGUAUUUCUGUCUAUGUACUGAGAUGUGGUUGCCAGUCAUGUUUGUUUCUGAUUUCCUUAUUAAUUGGUUGUAAAUCGACUUUUCCUUAGUAUCUUCAUGUUUUUAUGCUGUAAGAUUUUAAGUUAUAUCACUUAAUCCAUUUUCAGAAA